AUUCGCAACGCUUCUGAGAGAGCUAUAACCACCCUGCUAACAAUUGAAGAGUAGGCUAUAAUAGAAAAAUGUAACCAGUGCAGAGCAGGAACAAAAUAUUGACACGGUUAAGAAUCAGCACAGUGUGCCAAUGAGGACCUUUGGAAUCAGCUGAUGUUUUGGUUUUGCAGCCAAUGGCGAGGCGGGUUUAAGACACACAGCCAAUAGCGAGGCAGAAAGACUUUCUGUUUCGUAAUCGAGUGUGUUGUGCUGCUAAACUGUCUCUGAGCAUGAUGAGGGCAAUGGCAGCAUUGCGGGUUCUUCGGGAGGGGGCCGCAAGCCUGAAGAAACCAUUAAAUAGACAGCAAGUAUAUUUCUCCUCACAGGCACAAGUUGAUUGCAUAGCUCCCCUUUUUCAGACUGUAGCAGAAACUCCACAGCCAGUACAAGCUGCAGUCUCGGGGACAAUUCCUGCGUGGAUCAAUGGCAGUCUAUUGCGGAAUGGGCCCGGUCAGUUUGAAUUUGGAGAUGACAAAUACAAUCACUGGUUUGACGGCAUGGCUCUUGCACCAGUUCAAAAUUAAGAAUGGCUCAGUCACAUAUAUGAGCAAGUUCCUUGAAAGUGAUGUUUACAAAGUAAACAAGAGCCAGAAUCGAAUUGUGGUCUCUGAAUUUGGAACUUUGGCAUCUUCAGAUCCUUGCAAGUCUUUGUAUGAUCGCUUCAUGUCCAGAUUUAAAAUAGAUUCCACUGAUAACUGUAGUGUCAAUUAUGUACAGUAUAAGGGUGAUUAUUAUGUCAGCACUGAGACCAAUUUCAUGCGCAAGGUGGAACCAGAGACUCUGAGCACUUUAGAAAAGGUUGACUGGACAAAAUUUAUUGCUGUAAAUGGGGCAACAGCACAUCCUCAUUAUGACCCUGAUGGGACUUCAUACAACAUGGGAAAUUCUUAUGGAAAGCAAGGAACAUGUUACAACAUUAUUAAGGUACCUGCUCAAAAGUCAGGAACAGAGGAAACUCUAGAAGGUGCUCAAGUUUUAUGUUCCAUAUUACCGCAAAACAAAGGGAAACCUUCCUACUAUCAUAGUUUUGGAAUGACUGAGAAUUAUGUGGUCUUUAUAGAGCUACCUCUGAAGUUAAACCUACUGAAAAUACUCAUCAACCAAAUUAAAGGAAAAUCAUUUUCAGACAUCAUGAGCUGGGAUCCAGAUGUUCCGACUUUAUUCCAUGUGGUGAAUAAGCAAACAGGAAAGCCACACCCUGUGACUUUCUGUGCCCAGCCCUUCAUGUCAUUCCAUCAAAUAAAUGCCUAUGAGGACCAGGGCUGCAUCGUUCUUGACCUCUGUUCUAUGGAUGGGGGAGGAGCCAUUGACAUGUUCAGCCUGCAAAAUCUUCGAAAAUCUGGCCAAGCUUUGACUGAGAUCUGUGAAAAAGUUCCAAAGGCCUACCCACACAGAUUUGUUCUCCCACUUAAUGCAGACAUAAAUAGUAAACAAGAAACUGAGUGUUUGAAUUAUUCAAGUGCAACUGCUGUGAGAAAAGCUGAUGGAAAGGUGUGGUGUACCCAUGAAAAGCUACAUGAUGACACACUUAAAUGGGGCUUAGAAUUUCCACAGAUAAACUAUGCUAAAUACAACACCAGAAAGUACCGCUACUUGUAUGCAUGUGGAUUUCAGCACCUCAUUGGAGAUUCUCUGGUCAAAGUGGAUGUUCAGACUAAGACAACUAAGGUUUGGAGUGAGGAAGGCUUUUACCCUUCAGAACCUAUUUUUGUGCCUUAUCCAGAUUCAUCCGAGGAAGACAGUGGAGUCAUUCUCUCGGCAGUCCUUACCCCUCAUCAGGAGAAAAACAUAUUCCUCCUUGUUUUGGAUGCCAAAGAUUUUGUUGAGAUCGGUAGAGCUGAAGUGCCUGUUAAGAUGCCUUAUGGUUUCCAUGGAAUCUAUGUGCCUCAGAACUCCUAAUUAAUGUACAACCUGAAACCUGAAACUAUAAACUAAAAUUCAUUUUUUCUUUAAUUCAGAAAAUGAUUAAAAUGGUGUCUAAAACCAAUAACCUUUAAUCGCAUUAACGGGAAACUAAUAUUAAGGGAAACUAAAGUCAAAUUAGAAUAAUACCAGAAAUGCUGUAUUAUGUAUACUAAACAUAAACAUGAACUUACUGCACCAGAAGCCUAAUUAAACAAAUGAUUUAUGCUUUCAAA